AUGGCUGCUCAGCUUACUUAUCCUAAGUAUUACAUUGAAUAUGCUAAACUUCUUCCACUUUUUGACAACACUGUAAUUCGGCGGCUUCCUAUAGAUGAUGGACCAAAUUUUGUUCGUCAAGUUAAGAACGCAUGUUUUUCUCGUGUUAUGCCUACACCAGUCGAAAAGCCUAAGCUGGUGGUGGCCUCCAAAGAAGCCUUUUUGUUGCUUGAUUUCCCUCCUGAACUAGCAGACGCCUCUGUCAACUUACCAGAUGAUUUGAAAAACAAGGUCACUAUGGCUAGAGAGGAUCUCAUAAUGUUUUUGUGUGGGAACUCCGUUUGGCCGGGGGCUGAUCCAAUAGCUCAUUGCUAUUGCGGUAUCCAAUUUGGCAAUUUCGCAGGGCAACUUGGUGAUGGUGCUGCUAUGUAA